GAGAAAUAAAAUGGCGUUUUAUCCUUCUGUGAUGACAUCGUUUAACAAUGUAUAUCUCUUGUUGUGCUUUCUGAUGUGGAUCCCGUUCUGUAGAAGUCUCGAAGGACAAAAUGUCUGUAAAAGAGUUAAAGAGGCAACAGAUGCAAAAAAUAGAAAAGUAGAUAUCAUAGAGUUUUUCUGUUGUGCUGGAUAUAAAGCUGCAAAUAACAAAUGUGUUGAAUGCAGCGACUGUACUCAUAUAGACUGUCCACCAGGAUUCUGUGGAGAAGGAUGUUUGAAGCAAUGUGAAUGUACAAUAAAUGCUCAUUGUCAUCCUGAACAAUGUUGUGUGUGUAACAAAGGUUUCUAUGGACAAUCAUGUGACAAACCUUGUGUGGGUGGAACUCAUGGCGAGGGUUGUAUGCACACUUGUUUGUGCUCAAAGCAUUCUACAUGUGACCGGUUUACGGGAAAAUGUAUAUGUUUUGAUGGAUGGACAGGAGAUACGUGUACAGAAGAAGGUUAUUCGAAUGUUACAUGCUCACAAAACUGUAAUUGUCGAGAUACAAGAUGUUCCAAUAAUUCAAGUGAUUGUGAAUGUCAUUUAGGCAACUUAACAACAGCAGAGCCUGGAACAGUAUCAGGUAUAUCUGUACAUAGGCGGCCUCUUUUUAAUGGAAUAUAAACAUAUUAUUGACAUUAUUAUGUAUCCAUAAUCUUUAUCAAUUCCAGAAAAUCUGGCAUUCAUAAUGCGUGAGACUUUAUCCAAUAAUCAUCGGCAAACAUGCACUGAUGAUUCCCAGACAUGAAUAGGGAUAUAUUUAUUAGUGUAAGAUAAAAUUCAGUGUAUUUAAGAAAAAAGGCUACAGCUUAAUCAAUUUCUCCGAUUUGAUAUAAUCGCACAGUAAAUUCAUAUCAACAUAGAAUAACUUGUAUUUUAGUUUUUUUUUUACGAUAUUGUCUUUCGGUUAUUGAUCUUUAAUCUUUUAUUGCCUUAACGGUAAAGCAUGACACAUUAAUACUUGGCCAUGGUUAUCUUAAAUAAUAUGUUAAUGUUACAAUCAUGACAAAACAAGUUCAUUUUAUGGACAUUCAAAUUCAGAAUAUAUUACGAUAAACAUAAUUUAAAAAAUUACUGAGAAUUGAAAUUUUCAGUUCGACCUUAAUAAAUUGCUCUCAGACUUAUUCACGCAUCAGAAAAGUUAACCAGCUCUGAUUACGUAGUUACGUUUCAUAUAAACUACACGCCUAAUGAUUAAAUAUCCCGUCUAAUUUGGAAUAUUCAACUCAGAGUUUUUUCGGUCAGUCAUUAUACAAACAGACCCCCCCCAAACUUAUUCCUGUGUAUGAUUAUACUUUCUGUUAAUAAAUAAAGAAAGUAGUUAAAGAAACUAAGUUUCGAACUCCUGCGCGCAAAGUUGACCUUAGAUAAAUUUAGCUAUUUUAAGGUCCCUUUUGGUCAAAUAGCUCUUCACAUGUUUAGGUAUUAUACACCCUUGGUUUUCAAAGUGUUUCUGAUGAAAGUAAAUUCAGAAAAGCGCUUUGGACACGAGAAGUUAAUUGGUGGGUGUUAUUUUCAUUUAUCAAGAAGAGAUAGUAAAAUAGCAAAUUCUAUAAUCCACAACUCGCCUAACAAAAUUUUGAAAUAAAACUUAUUAUAAUCAGCAAAACCUAUUAGAAUCAAGCAGUAUAGUGGUAGAAACUAUGAUAUAUAACAUUGCAUAACAUACCACAAUUUGUGAUGCAAAAGAGGGACGAAAGAUACCAGAGGGACUGUCAAACUCAUAGAUCGAAAACAAACUGACAACGCCAUGGCCAAAAAUAAAAAAAAACCAAACAGACAAAUAAUAGUACAGAUGACACAACAUAGAAAACCAAAGACUAAGCAACACGAACCCCAACCUCGUAGAUAUUGAUUUGUUACAUAAACAUAGAUAUAGAUUACAAUCAAAGUAAACUAGGUCACUGCGUGUUACAAAGACAAAAGUAUUUGCAUAUUAGCUGAUUACAAUAUAUAUUGUAACAUGUGUAAGAAAAAGACGAUAUAUUACCUUUUUUUCAAGAAACUGAUCUUUGAAGCUUGUAUGUGUAUGUAGCCCUUUGUUUAA